AUCUGACGGAGAUUUGUAAACAGGUUUCCUAACUUAUGGAUAAUCUGGAAAAAUAUUGAAAAGCGCCUGAUACAAUUCCGUGGGGAUCCCUAAUCUCAAAGUUUUGUUUGGCCGCUGCGAUUUCGAUUACUGCAGCGGCACCCACAGGAAAGGGGGUGGUCUCUGUACAAGGAGAGUGGUCUCAAAAUAAGGUCAAACCUAUGUAGGCGCGAACACGAUCGAUAUAGCAGAAGUACUGGGUAUAUGUAGCUCGCUUUAAAACCUUCAGCUGCAAGAGAGGGUUUUAUGGUGACCGGCGUGAGGCCAGAAAUUCCAUCCUCGUUCCUCUCGUUAUCUCCGCUUCAACAACUGCAAAUUAUUUGGCGAGGGGCGAAAGGGAACCCGCCUGACCGCCCCAGGCGGACAACCCGACAGGACAAGUUUUGAAUUCUUGCGAAUAGCGACCCCUAGUGCCGUCAUAGACUGUUCCGUGUGCUGGGUGACUUCCUUCAUGUAGUGGGGUUGAUUCUAGUGUCCUUGAGUGUCCUGUACGCCCGUCUAUUCUGUGUUUUUGCCCGACUGUGUCAGGACUUGAACACAUCCGUCCGGUAUUGUCUCAGAAGGGAAGAUGGGGAAAUGACUGAAUCUUUCCUUUGCUGACACAACAGCACGAGAAAACAGCACAAAAGAAACACAUGGGGAGCUAAGUGUUGUAGCAAGACGGGAUAAGACUACUUCAAGAGACGACAUGCCGGUUUCCAAGGAUAUCGUCAAGCUGGCGGUGGAGAUGCCCGGUAGAGUGGCCCAGUUCUUGGACUUUAACCAACGAAGGCCGUUACCGGACAUCAUUGCUAAGCUAUGUGAUCACUGGGGCUUAGAGAGCCCAGAGGAAUACGCCCUGCAGUAUUCGGACGGAUCCCAGGCGUACAUAACGGAAAAGAACCGCGCAGAGAUUAAAAACGGCGCCAUCUUGCGUCUGACGACAUCCCCGUCCAAGACGGUCCGCGAGAUUCUCGUCCUGCCGACGAAAGAUGCCUUGAUGAAGCUAGCUCGCGGUUCGUCCGACACGACAUUCGCGACGGAAUUCGUGUACCGGAAUGGCGUGCCCUUGUUAGUUGACAUGGUGGUAGAGGGCACGGCAACGGGUGAGGCAUUGGCGUACAUACUGACAGCAUUUCUGCAGUUCAUGGACCACGGCAUCCUUCCGUGGAAACAGUUCAGCGACGACUUUAUACGGAAGAUAAUCGGAUACGUCCUUAGGAGUACUCCCGCCGAGGCUAUGAUCCUGCAACGAUCUCUCGCUAUCUUGGAAUGUGCCAUAUUAAGUAGCGAAGAUCUCUACAAAGCGAUUUCCGCCCAGAUCACGGUUGAAGAGAUUACCGUGCACUUUAAGAGCCCUGUCCCGGAGGUCCAGCUGAAUGCCGUGGCGCUCAUCAACGCGCUGUGGCUCAGGUCCUCCAAGGUCAAGGCCAGAGAGAUCGGAGAAACUCUACAGUUCAAGUACAUCCGGGCCGUCAUGCUUAACUACAUCAUCAGGGGCAGGCGGGAAGUCUCCUCAGAGAUGGCUCACCAGCUACACGUGCUGCAGGUCCUGAUCAUGAACUUGAACGAAGACCGCAUGUACACGAAGAUCAACCCGAGCGACACCGCCCAUUUGGAAAAGCUGUACGAACUCUCCCAAAUCGCCUUCGGGAGAGACAGCGAUUCGGAAUCAUUCGCCACGCCGAACCCUGGCGGAAAUGCACGAACACAGGCGAGGAAAGGCCGAGGCGUCUCCGACAGAGCGCAAGUCGAAUUCAAGAAACUGGGAUUCUCGAAUCUCGCAAACCCCUUGAUGGACUUCGCUAAGAGACCGCCAGGGGUCCUUGCGUUGGAUUGCAUAGUCUACUUUGCCGCGAAUUAUCCCGACUCGUUUACUAGGCUUGUAUUGGAGAAUUCGUGUAGGCAAGACAACUACGUUUGCCCGUUCGCACGGACGUCCAUUGAUAUGACCAAACUAUUGUGCAAGAUGCUUAAGAUCGGCGAACUCCCCUCUGAGACGGGGACUGAAUAUUACCCCAUGCUGUUCACCCAAGAGAGCCCUCUAGAGGAAUUAUUCUGUCUCUGCAUCCAACUUCUGAACAAGACUUGGCGAGAGAUGCGAGCUAUGGAUGAAGACUAUGACAAGGUUAUGGACGUGGUGAGAGAGCAGAUAACGCUCGCCCUGUCAGAAAAACCCGACACCAUGGACCGCUUCCGCGCCAUCUUACAGGAGCUGGACUAUCAUCAGAUCAUCAAGAUCCUCCAGGACAGGAGGGCGUCCAUGUUGGAAACUAACACGGAUCUAGAACCCUUCUGUGAGCUUCGGGAGGACAAGCGACCUGAGGUUUUAGACCUGGUCAAGAAACAUCGUCUCAAUGCCUUGGUCGAGGGGACGAUAUUCAACAAGGUCACGACUAGAAGGUCCAAGGACAAGUUUUGGUACUGCCGCCUAGCGCCUAACCACAAGUGCCUACACUGGGGUGACGUCUCCGACUCAGCGAAACCUCCGCUUCCUGUAGAAAUGCUACCGGAAAUGCUACCUGUUGCCGACAUCAAGGGACUAGCUGUGGGUAAGGAGUGUCCCCAUAUCAUGAAGGAAGGAAAGAAGGAGAAGAAAGAGAGCUUGGCGCCGCUCGCCUUUUCAGUCCUUUACGACCCCGAGGGGUCAUUGAACUUUUUGGCGCCAAAUGACUACAUCUACGACCUGUGGACGGACGGUAUCAGGGCGCUCCUGGAACAGGAAAUGACGUCAGAGCUUGCGCAGAAGGACAUGGAGAUCCUUCUCGGGAUGGAGAUGAAGUUGGCCCUGCUGGACACUGAGGGAAUCCCCGUACCAAACGAACCUCCACCGAUCCCGGAAGAUCCCAAGGAUUAUAACUUCUGUUGCGAAUGAUUAAACACUUGAUUAAACACUAAAAUUGACGAUGAGUCCAAUUUCCCUCCGUUCUGAUGAACUUCAACAAUAUGACUGAUUGCAAAAAACUUUGAAGUGACUUUGAACACAAAGAAAAACGCUCGCCACGCAAAGUCUCGACAAAGUCUUCGGUCUUCGCCAGGUACUCACUUUUACGUCACGUGACUUUCCAAAAACGAAACGCGUCGACGUCAGGAGAAUCUUUCUACAUGUUGGUUGAUUUUUUUUUUAGACAUGUGCUUUAACAAACUAACUAGUAACAGGCUUUCCUCCAAAUGUAACGUUAUGUACCUUCUAGAUGCCACAUGUGUAUGAACAAAGCUAUGUCAAUGGCGCUUUUGUCGACAAUGCCAUGCAAAUGCUUUCUUAAUGUUUUAUACAAAAAAGUAUUUUUCCAAGUACAGUAUUGUAAUGACGUGUUGCAAUAGAUGUAGGCAUGCCUGUCAAAGACGUUACCAGCAUGUCGGUCCUCCAGCCCUAUGUCUAGGAAUUAGAAAAAUUAAAACUAUGAUUGUGGCA